CAAGCAGGAUACAGAGUCCGCACGUGCCUUAUGAAACACUGAACAAACGCUUCCGAGCUGCUCAGAAGAACAUCGACCGUGAGACCAGCCACGUCACCAUGGUGGUGGCCGAGCUGGAGAAGACCCUGAGCAGCUGCCCUGCCGUGGAUUCCGUGGUCAGCCUUCUGGAUGGCGUGGUGGAGAAGCUCAGCGUCCUCAAGAGGAAGGCGGUGGAGUCCAUCCAGGCCGAGGACGAGAGCGCCAAGCUGUGCAAGCGCAGGAUCGAGCACCUCAAGGAGCACAGCAGCGACCAGCCGGCGGCCGCCAGCCUGUGGAAGCGGAAGCGCAUGGACCGCAUGAUGGUGGAGCACCUGCUGCGCUGCGGCUACUACAACACGGCGGUGAAGCUGGCGCGGCAGAGCGGCAUCGAGGACCUGGUGAACAUCGAGAUGUUCCUGACGGCCAAGGAGGUGGAGGAGUCCCUGGAGAGGCGCGAGACGGCCACCUGCCUGGCCUGGUGCCAUGACAACAAGUCCCGGCUGCGCAAGAUGAAGGGCCGCCAGGGCGAGCAUGACGCGAAGCCGGGACGGAAAAGUAGAGUGGCCAGUGGCUCCCCUAAGGAGAGUGAGGAUCUUGGUAUGGAAACCAUAAAAGGAAAGCCAGAAUUGGUACGUAACCCCCGCCCGCCCCGCCCCUGCCUGUCCCACAGCCGUGCCGCCCGCAGAGCGGGAACCGGGUCGGAAGGAAAUGGGCUUCCGUCUGGGCAGGUUGUCCCUGCGAGCCCCUUGCCUCCCAGACCCACGGCUGCUGGGCGAGGGCGCCACUCGGUGCUCAGACGGCCUCGCAGCCAGUGUGGGCGAGCGGGCCAGGCUGAGCCCGGCGGCCGGUGCACGUGGAAGAGCAGUCACACACAGUGUGCUUGGAAGACGCCCUCACGCCCUGGCAGCACGCUCAUGGGCAUCGACUGGACAGAUCAGGGCCCCGACUGCCUCUCCACGUGUGCCUGUGUGUGCACACAGGCCGGGAGGGUCACACCAGGGCCAGCGGGGUCUCAGGUCAGUCAGGAGCCUGGAGGAGGGAAGGAGCUCGGAGGCUCGAGUGUCCCGUAGUUGGAGGUGCCAGGUUAGUGCCUGGGGAGCUGACUGGGGUCUCCAGACACUUGAGGCCGUGUUUGCAGAGCCCUGUGACGCUGCGUGUCUGGAGCCCGGGCAGCACAGGCGUGGCCGGUGGUCAGUGCUCUCGAUCACCAACCGCGGUGCUUCUGUGACACAGUCGCCUGUGAGCGGCCUGCAGUCGGUCCUCGCCUGACGCGUCCGCGGGUCUGGCCAGUGGGACAGUUGUUCUCGGGGUGAUUGGCACAGAGAAGAGCCCCGGUCCUGUGGCCCCCCAUCACCGUUAUCGUGAGAAGAGGCGGGUCAGGAGCUGCUGUGUUUGAAAGUGAGCCUGGGAGCAAAGAGCCCCGUGAGCGAUAGAGCGCGUCCUGCGCGAGCUGCCCCUGGUGUCACCCACAGCCCCCUGUCCGCGGUGCCUCCUGGGAGGCAGGCCGUUCUCUCCCCACGGGACCCUGCCACUCAGCACACGCACCUGCUCACCAGGCGGUUCAGGUGUGGGAAAGGCCGCCCCGUGCUGAGGGGGAAGGGAGAGCAGGGAGCCUGCUGUGGAGUGGGCGUGUGGGCACCAGGUAAGUGGCUCUCCGCGUCUUUGCCUGCUGGCCCCAGGGUCUGGGCAGCACGUCGACGGUGUGCCCCGUGGUCCGAAGCACAGGGAUGGGGCUGAGUCACUGCUGAGCUGGGGCUGCCUGCAGCCAGGGGGUUCGGGCGGGAGAAGCACGCCUGAGCGGUAAACAGAUUCGGCCGUGUGGGAGGACUGACCUCACUGCUGUGGGCAGUCUCCAGUCAGGCCUCCUGGGUCUGGGUGUUGGGGACUCGAAGGAUGAGGGGGAGCCCUAGGCCUUGCCUCCUGUCCGCUCCACAUGACUCGCUGCUGGUUGGGACACAGUUCUUUGAAAUGACGUGGAGACGGCACAGGGAGUGACCGCUCUGUGACGCCGCCCGGCCUGGCACCUUAGGGUGCAGAGUCGUCUUGCUCCCUCCCCACCCACAGGCCUGGAGGGCACCGAGAUCUCGACAGAGCGUUUGGGUGUCUGUACCAGGACCCUGCGGCUGGUGCCCCAGAAUUUCCCAGAACUGUCUCCGGUGUCCCCUCCUGGGAC